AUGUUAAAAUUUUUCAUCAUUAUUAGACGUACAUGUGAUACUAAAUAUGGUACAUUGGAUUGUUGGAAAGUAACUACAGAUGGAUUUACUUAUGGUUUAUCAACAGCUAUGAUUGAUUAUUGUGAAGUAAUAUUGAAUCUUCGUCAAAUAAAUAAUAAUAGAAUAUCUUGGUAUAAUAUCAGUCGUGAUAUACUUAUUCAACAAAUUGUGCAAUAUGAUCUUGAUCCAAAAGUUCGCCAAUUAACUAAGAAGGAUAUUCAAGAAGUUGCUACAUUAAUUCUUGAUAGAUGUUUUUAUACAUCAUCAUCAUUGAUAUAUUCUUCUCAACCAUCAUGUCCAUCAUGUUCUGUGAAACAAAUCAAAUUAAUGAAACAAUGGCGUCUUAUAUCACUAAUUGUAAUAUCCGGUUGUGUUAUUUUUAUUGUUAUUAUUGCAUUGUUGUAUACAUUCCAUCCUUAUCUUAAUCGUCGUUCAUAUGAAUCGAUUCGUUAA